AUGUAUUCAACAACUCUGUCCUAUAUUUCAUUUUUAUCUCACCAAAACCCAAAACAAAAGCAGAGGAAGGAGCUCACGAGUGUCUCCCUUCUUCCUCAAAAAGAACAACAGAAGAGAAAAACAAAUCACCUAAACCAGACCCAUGUCUCAUGAUACUAAGAUCCUCUGUUCCAUUUUCCUAAUCCUCCUUCAAUACCAAUUCCAAUUUUGCACCCCCACUGACACCAUAAACACCACACAGUCCCUGAAAGAUGGUGACUUGCUCAGCUUCAGCAAUCAAAUCUUUGCCCUGGGGUUCUUUACCCCCGGAAAAUCGACAAACCGGUACCUCGGAAUAUGGUACAGCAAGGUUUCCGAGCAGACCUUUGUCUGGGUCGCCAACAGGGGCGACCCAAUCAACGACACAUCCGGUUCCUUCUCAUUUGACGUCACAGGAAACCUCGUCGUAACUGGUCCAGACCGGAGCAAUCUAGUCUGGUCCACAAAUGUUUCAGAUCUGACGGUGGCGAAAAACUCCUCGGCUCAGCUACUGGAUUCAGGAAAUUUGGUGGUGCUUGAUAGCAAAGGGGUAGUUGUGUGGCAGAGCUUUGAUUAUCCUACGGAUACUUUGCUUUCCAACUUGAGAUUCGGUGUGAACCGGAAAACCGGUCUCAACCGGUUCCUGACACCUUGGAAGUCGGGCGAUGACCCGGGACUUGGGGAGUACUCUCUCAAAAUGGACCUUAACGGGUCUCCUCAAUUGUUUCUGUACAAGGUUUCGGGUCUGGUUUGGCGGGCGGGCGGGUUCAUGGAUAGGGCGCGGGUGGAGCGGUAUACCCGAGAUGACAACUAAAUUCAUCUUCAACCUCAGUUAUGUCGAAAAUCAGGACGAGGUAACUUUGAGUUACUCUAUUCGUGACCUCUCAAUUUCCUCGAGAUGGGUGCUCAACGAAUCCGGGACGGUCCAGAGGUUGAUGUGGCACGAUAACGAGCAUAGAUGGGUUGAGUUUUACGCAGCUCCGAAAGAACCCUGUGACUCCUACAAUUACUGUGGCCCGAACGGUAACUGCGACCCGUCCAACGUAGGCACGGGCCAGUUCGAAUGCACGUGCCUGCCCAGGCUUGAGCCCAAGUCGGCACACGACUGGUACCUGAGGGACGGGUCGGGCGGGUGCGUGAGGAAGCGCGGCAGGCACGUGUGUGGGAGCGGCGAGGGCUUCGAGAAGGUGCCACUUACGAAGGUGCUGAACACGUGGAUGGCACGUGUGGAUAGGGGUGUGACGGGGCUCAAAGAGUGUGAGUCAGAGUGCUUGAGGAACUGCUCGUGCAAUGCGUAUGCGAGUGCGGAUGUUUCUCGCGGGGACAAUGAAUGCGUGAUGUGGCAUGGGGAUUUAAUGGACUCCAGAGUGUUUUCAAGUGGGGGCAGGAUUUAUACAUUCG